AUUAAAAAAUUUAGCAAUUAUUUUGGGAGAAGGGAGUAGCAUCAAUGAGUCUGAUGACUAUGUAUAUGCUGUCAUUCAUGUAGGGGGAAAUAUGUGUCUUUGAUGGUAUAUAAAGUGGGAAACUUGAUGCUUUCUUUGCUGUUUGUGCAAGUACCCAGAUGGUGAAUUUGCUCUUUUCUUGGAGAACUUAAGCAAGCAUAUGAUGCUGUUGACAGCAAUAAUGAGCCUAGUGUAGAUGUACUGCCCCUGAAACUCUGCUGAGAUUCUGUUUGUUAUAUUUCAAAGUGGAAUUCGGUGCUUUCUGCUCAAUUUUUGGCUGCACACAUUGAGAAUAUCACAAAAGUGUCCUUGCAGUUUUGGCUUUCUGGGAUUCUUGUGGGGCUCUUCCGUGCUGGUUUAAAUCUGAGGUCUAGCAGCUGGGACUUACAUUUAUCACAAAAUAGGUUUAUUUAGAGAUCGGAUUUUGAUUAGUUUGAAGAUAAGAAUUCUGAAGAUUAGUUCAUUCUUUGCUAUUGCGAAAGAGAAAAAAAGGGAAUCUGCUUUCUUUUCUGUAGCCCAUGAGCUGUUACUUAGCCAUUGCUUUUUCACUUCUCCAUUGUCUACUUUAAGUUCUGAAAGGUUUUUACUUUCUUGUAUUGAGGGAAAUACUUUUUCCCACAUUAGAGUAGGUUUGAUCCUAGGGUUCUUGGAAGAGGGGUGAAGUAGCUGGUGAUGUGCAGAUAUUAUGCCUGGUGCAUUGGAUUUUUACCUUUUCCUUUGUGUCUAUAGAGGGGAUGCUGGAGUGAGGGGUUUUCUUUUCCCUUCUUUAACUUUCUUCUCAGUGCUAUAAAGCUGCCAGGUUUAUUUGUGCCUUGUUGAGUUCUGCAAGAAAUUACCAGCUAUUUUUGGUCAAAACCCUCUUUUGCCUUUGGUUAACAUAUUUUGUUCUGUUAAAAAAUUCUCCAGUUUGAGGUGUUCCAAAUUCCGGGCUUUGCUUGAUUUUCUGUUUUAAUAAUGGGUUCUGAGGAAAAUGAGGAAAGGGUGUUCCAGCAGAGAGGGGUAAGCAGUAUUCUGAACUGCCCUUCUUCAGGGAUGGGUACAAAUUCAACAUCUGACAAGGUUUCAGAAAUGGCAAUAUGCUCACAAUCCAUGUUCAGGUCUCCAAACGGGUUAGACCCUUAUGGUUCUGAUUGGGAUCCAAUUGUUUCUCUAAGUGGGAAUUUGGGGAAUUCUACCAUGGUUGCUCAAAAUCAUGAGUUUGCUAAUUCACAUUGCUCAGUUUUGCUAGAGAAUAAGACAACAGGAAGCUCUUCCCAUUUGGUUCAGUUUCCAUCUGAUUCAGGGCUUGUUGAUCUGGUGCCAAAGAUUCCAAGUUUUAGAAGUGGAAGCUUAUCAGAAAUGCUCAGUUCAUUUGGCCAGAUUGCUGAAUCAGGCACUCACUCAAAUUUUGCCCUCAAGAAUGGGGUUGGCUUGAGGAGGGCGUCAACAAACAUAGCAGAUUCUCAGGAUAAGUUCCAAAAUUCAGAAGAUAGGAUAUUAGGAGCUUCACCUUAUGGAAAGAGGAAAAGGAAAGAACCAACAGAAGCUUCAGCACAGAAUGCUGAAGAAGAACAGCAGAAGGAUCCAUCAGAGGACACAUCUGUAUUUCCUAAAGCAGAUGAUGGAAAGAAACAAAAAUCUGAACAAAAUAUUGCUCUAAACUCUCGCAGUAGGCUAGCAGUUAAACAAGCUAAGGAUAACUCCAGUGGUGCAGAACCUUCUAAAGACAAUUACAUUCAUGUGAGAGCCAAAAGGGGUCAGGCAACAAACAGUCACAGCCUUGCGGAAAGGGUGAGAAGAGAGAGGAUUAGUGAGAGGAUGAGAUUGCUACAAGAACUGGUUCCUGGAUGCAAUAAGAUUACUGGGAAAGCUAUGAUGCUUGAUGAGAUUAUAAACUAUGUGCAAUCACUCCAACAGCAGGUUGAGUUCUUGUCAAUGAAGCUUGCAACAGUAAAUCCAGAGCUGAACGUGGAUAUAGACAGGAUUUUGUCUGAAGAUAUUCUCCAAUUGCGUGGUAGCAAUGCAACCGGACUUGGAAUUGCCCCAGGACUGAGUUUGUCCCAUUCUCUCCCUGCAUAUACCCAAGGAACCUUCAAUGGAGGCCCAGGCCCAACUCCACCAUUUCACCCCAUACCCCAGCAUUUAUGGAACAAUGAGCUCCAAGGAAUUCUCCAAAUGGGAUUUGAUCCUGAUUCCUCUAUUAGCCGUUUGGGGCCAAACGGCCCCUCGAAGAUGGAGCUAUAGAGUCUGUACACGGAAAAUUAGAGGUCCCUGCUUUUCUAACGAAAUGUUCGAGCAUUUGUCAGGUGAAGAUUUGUUCAAAAGCAAACACUAUGAAUACGUUCUCAACUUCUCUUCUUUUUCCAUGUGGGUUGUAUAGGUUCCGAGUCCCCGACUUUUUGUUCUUCGAAUUUUAGCAGAAGAAAAUGACUGUUUAGAUUCACAAAACCAUGUAGAUUGAGAGUGGGAGUAGUGCAUUGCUGAAGAUGAUUGAUUUUGUUGGUGUAUAUUAGAGCACACUUGUCUCUAGCUACACCAGUUUACAUGAGAAAACUGGUGGAGAAAGAUGUCGUGUAAAGUGCAUUUAGUUCAAAUAUUAAUACUAUGAUUACAGCCA